AACCAAUUUCUGCGACAGUUGGGUUUGCUGCCGACCUGGCAGUUUGGCGACGUGUAUGGGAUGGACCCAGAGCUUUUGAGCAUGGUGCCCAGGCCUGUGUGUGCUGUCCUGCUGCUCUUCCCUGUCACAGAGAAGUAUGAGUCUUUCAGGCUAGAGGAGGAGGCCAAGAUCAAGGCCCAGGGCCAGGAUGUCUCCCCAGAUGUCUACUUCAUGAAACAGACAAUCGGCAACGCCUGUGGAACAAUAGGCUUAAUUCACGCUGUAGCCAACAACCAGGAACAUCUGGAAUUUGAGACUGACUCUCCACUGAAGAUGUUCCUGGUUCAGUCCACUAAACUGAGCCCAGAGAACAAGGCCACCUUCCUGGAGAAAGAUGAGAGCAUCCGUGUUACACAUGAAUCUAGUGCACAGGAAGGACAGACCGAGGCACCAAGCUUGGAUGAAAAAGUGGACUUGCAUUUCAUUGCCUUUGUGAAUGUUGGGGGACAUUUAUAUGAACUGGAUGGCCGCAAGCCUUUCCCUAUUGCCCAUGGGAAAACAUCAGAAGUCCGCUUUCUUGAGGAUGCAACAGAGGUGUGUAAGACAUUCAUGGCUCGGGACCCCCAGGAGCUUCGCUUCACAGUGGUGGCCCUGUCCAAGGCAUGAACACGGCACUCACCGAACAAGAGAAGAAAAUACGACUGCCAAUCAUUCUCAAGUGCUGAAUUUUGUUAGCUCAUUAGCAUUUUUACUGAAUAGGUUAGCAUGUGGUAUGAUGACAAAAGGUUAACUGUAAAAAUAUAUAUAAUUAAAGUAAGCUAAGCUUGCGAGGAAUCAGUAGCCUGGUUCUAAAAACGAUUAGAUUGUCAGAUUAAAAGUUGUCAUGCAACUGAAAGUUAUUGAAGUGUGUGCCAUCACUACUUCCCCAUUGCCCCUUAGUACUUUCAAUGAUUUAGGCUGAAGUUUCCUGAAGUUAUAAAAAAGAAACCCGAAAUUGCUUCUUAGCAAGAGCAAUUACUCAAGCAGGAAUAUUGGUAGGACUGUGAGUGGGGAAGGGAAAACUGAAAACAAGCUGUUAUUGGCAGAGAGGUUUGGAACUGUUUUUCUUAUUGGUCUAUUAACUAAUUUACCUCCUGGUGAUGUCACCAGGCAGAACAAAACUCAAUCCCACCAAAACCGGCUGAAAUUUCAGGUGGUCUUUUCAAAAAGCUCUUACACCUAACAGGGAAUUAUCAUUUUCACAGUACUAUUCCAACCUCAUUGUGUGGAAAUGUAUAUAAAACAGGAAAAUCAGUUUUGACUGCAAUGGGCCUUUAAGUAUGUUUUGAUUAUUGAUUGACAUGGGGAGUGGUAAAAAGACGUGAUAUAGCUACUACCACCACCUACCACUGACAUGGUGCCUACCUUUUGUAAAAACUGGCAAAUUAAAAUACCGAAAUGGUUGAAA